AUCACAUUUCUCCAGUAGAGACCAUUUUGACUCGUUUUCGGACACAUCAAACAAACCAUGGCGGCGGCGGCUUCUCUCCGAUCUGUAAACCCUACACUGUCCCCACGAACCCUACCAUCUCCCAACAGAUCACCUUCCUUCCAAUCACCAUUCCUCAGAUUCGACUCCUCCGCCUCCUUCAAUCCCAAACCCCUCGUCGCUCGCUCCGCACCAUCACCCUUCGUAACCCGCUCCGCCGCCGAGGCGCAGGAGAGAAAGACCUUCCACGGCCUCUGCUACGUCGUCGGCGACAACAUCGACACGGACCAGAUCAUCCCCGCGGAGUUCCUCACCCUCGUCCCGUCCAACCCCGACGAGUACGAGAAGCUCGGCUCCCACGCGCUCGUCGGCCUCCCCGCCUCCUACGCGGACCGGUUCGUCGAGCCCGGUGAGACGAAGACGAAGUACUCGAUCGUGAUCGGCGGGGAGAACUUCGGGUGCGGGUCGUCCCGCGAGCACGCGCCGGUGUGUCUCGGAGCGGCGGGGGCGAAGGCGGUGGUGGCGCAGUCGUUCGCGAGGAUCUUUUUCAGGAACUCGGUGGCGACGGGUGAGGUUUAUCCGCUGGACUCGGAGGUUAGGGUUUGCGAUGAGUGCAAGACGGGUGACGUGGCGACGGUGGAGCUGAGGGAAGGGGAUAGUGUUUUGAUUAAUCAUACGACGGGGAAAGAGUAUAAGCUUAAGGCUAUUGGUGACGCUGGGCCUGUGAUUGAUGCUGGUGGUAUCUUUGCUUAUGCUAGGAAAGCUGGCAUGAUUCCCUCUGCAGCUGCUGCUUGAUUUCUCCGACAGGGUCGGUCUCAGUGCAUGGCGAUGAGAGUUCUCUUACCACCUAGAAGUAUCUUCGAGGGUAAGUGAUUCUCAGCUUCUAUUCCAGUCUUCUUUUCGUGUCGUCCAAUAAAAAAGAACAAUAAGUAGAUGUAUGUUUCAAGAAUUUGUGAACCUUAAUCUAUGUUUUAAUCUAUGUUUUAUGGAUGUAUAUUUGACUAUUGGUUUAGUCUCUUUUGUUUCAGUUUA